GCUGUUGCUUCCAUCGAUCUUACAACGCUUGCUGGAGACGAUACAUCAGCGAAUGUGGCAAGGUUAUGUGCGAAGGCAAAGCGGCCCCUAAGCACGUCAAUACUUGACAAGCUAAAUGAGAAGUAUGCCAUCAAACCAGAAGAAGUUAGAACUGCUGCUGUCUGUGUAUAUCCGUAUCAGGUUGAGACAUCAGCCAAUUAUUUACGUCAAAUAGGGGCCCCCGACAUCCCAAUCGCGGCAGUCGCCACCGGGUUUCCAUCGGGCCAGUACUCGCUAAAAUCAAGAUUAGAAGAAAUUGAUUAUGCUAUAACUAGUGGUGCCACCGAAAUUGACAUCGUCAUCAAUCGUACUCUCGCGCUUGAGGGAAGAUGGAAGGAAUUGUUUGAUGAAGUAUGUUGCAUGAGGCAGGCAUGUGGUGACAGGGCCCACCUCAAGACUAUCUUGGCUGUUGGUGAACUCGGCUCGUACUCCAACGUGUACGCUGCUUCAAUGGCUUGCAUGCUGGCCGGCGCAGACUUCAUAAAAACAUCUACUGGCAAAGAGUCGACCGUGAAUGCUACGCUGCCCGUCACUGCUGUUAUGUGCCGAGCCAUUAGUGAUUUCUAUGACAUCUAUGGGGUCAAGGUUGGCUACAAACCAGCAGGCGGACUUAAGACCUGGAAGGACGCACUUGCCUUUAUUUCGCUUGUACACGGCUACCUUGGCGAGGAUUGGGUGAACCACGACUACUUCCGGAUCGGUGCUAGCUCUCUGUUAGGUAGCGUCGAGUCGCGGAUAUUUAGUGUCCUACACGGCGGUCGGGCACCCUUACCUGGCGAACUGGCUUUCAUGUAG